CGUCAUUUUCAUUUCCAAACUACAACGAACAGUGACGUCAAAAUGUGCGACACGCCAGAUAGUACCAAGCGCAUGAAUAGCUAACGGCUGGUUUAUUGCGUUAUUUCCAAUCGACAUAUUAGGAAGAUUAGACAAGUGUUUCGUAAACGUUAAUGUUAGUGUUGUUUCAUUUUGAAUCUUAGCUUCCGUUCGUGCCGCUGCACCGCAUAGUCCCAAGCUAAUGCUAAUGCUGCUUGCAUACAGUGGCGUUGACAAGUUCUGUUAUUUUGUGUUUCUAGCGGCGGUAUGAGUUCUAAAUACGGAGGCGGUGGUCGAGGCAGAAGAGGAGGUAGUAGUAGAGGCUACCGUGAUGGUAGCAGAGAAAGAGCCGGCCGGGGAGGUGGGAAUGGUGGCAGCUUCGACCUGGACAACGCCAGUGGUCGCCAUCCUUCACAUUUGAAGGGCCGAGAGAUUGGCUUGUGGUAUGCAAAAUUCGGAGCCGUGAAAAAGAAACAAGCAGACCGACGAUCGAGGGCAGUGGUCCAGAUGGAUGAGGCCAGAGAGCAGCACAUUAUCAAGCUGCUCGACUCUGUCCAGAAUGACCAGUCAGCUCUGGAAAGACCAAACAGAGGUGUGGGAGGCUCUGCAUUGGACGGCUGGCGUGCAACUCCCAGUAAAAGUAGUCACUGCUACUUUGACGGAGACAUGACUGAAGAGGAAAAAGGCAGAAUCAAAUUUGAGGAGCAGGGUUCAAUCUCUCAGGCAGUUGUUAAAGAUGAGAUCCCUGACACUUGGGAUGAUGAUGAUGACGAUGAUGCUGAUGAUGACAUCAAUGACCAUCGUGAUGAUGAUGAUGAUGAUGGUGAUGUGGAGCAGCAGCAGCAGCAGCAGCAAAUGAAGGGGGGUGAAGACAGGGAGAAAGACAAAGAUCUAGAGUUCUUACUCCAGAAAAUAGCCAGAGACGUUUCGCUGGAUGAGUCAUUGAAGAGGGAUCUGCAAAGUAAAAAAACACACCCAAAGUACAAGGAAAUGCUGAUGUUCAGAGAGAAGCUGCCAUCGUAUGGAAAGAAAGAGGAGCUGGUCCGGCUCAUUAACUCCAACCAAGUGUUGGUGGUGAGCGGCGAAACGGGCUGCGGAAAAACCACCCAGGUGACUCAGUUCAUCCUGGAUGACCACAUCAAGCGCGGCAUGGGCUCGAUGUGCCGCGUGGUUUGCACGCAGCCUCGUCGCAUCAGCGCCAUCUCGGUCGCAGAGCGUGUGGCUGCUGAGAGGGCGGAAAAGGUUGGCGGUGGGAAUUCGUGUGGUUACCAAAUUCGCUUGCAGAGCCAGUUACCACGGAGACAAGGUUCGGUCCUGUACUGUACCACGGGCAUUAUUCUUCAGUGGCUUCGCUCUGACCCGCAGUUAUCAAGUAUUAGCCACUUGGUUCUUGAUGAGAUCCACGAGAGAAGCCUGCACUCAGACGUGUUGCUCACCAUCGUCAAGGACUUACUCGAUGUGCGACACGACCUCAAGGUUGUUCUGAUGAGUGCCACGCUCAAUGCAGAGAAAUUCUCCAAGUACUUUGACGGUUGCCCCAUGAUUCACAUCCCAGGCUUGACAUUCCCAGUGGAGGAGUUCCUCCUCGAGGACGUUGUGGAGAUGACCAGGUAUCGUCCCAAGAACCAGGACCGCCGACCCGCCUGGAAAAGAGGCUUCUGGCAGGGGCGCCACUCCAGACCCGAGAAGGAGGAGAAGGAGGCUGAAUAUAAGGAGAGCUGGUCUUCUUAUGCUCGCACACUCCAGGCCAAAUACUCUGAGAGCACCAUCGCUGCUCUUGAGAUGCUGGAUGGCGAUGACAAGAUUGACUUGGACCUCAUCUUGGCACUUAUCCGCCACAUUGUGCUCAACGAUGAGGAAGGAGCCAUCUUGGUCUUCCUGCCAGGCUGGGACAACAUCAGCAGCCUCAAUGACUUGCUGAUGGCACAACAGAUGUUCAGAUCAGAUCGUUUUAUCAUCAUUCCGCUGCACUCACUCAUGCCAACGGUGAAUCAGACGCUGGUAUUCAAACGUCCACCACCUGGUGUGCGGAAGAUUGUGAUCGCUACCAAUAUAGCGGAGACGAGCAUCACCAUUGAUGAUGUGGUUUUUGUGAUCGAUGGAGGCAAGAUCAAGGAAACCAACUUCGACACCAACAACAACAUCAGCACCAUGACGGCCGAGUGGGUGAGCCUGGCCAACGCCAAGCAGAGGAAAGGGCGUGCUGGCAGAGUGUGCCCGGGGAAGUGCUAUCAUCUGUACAACGGUCUCCGAGCCAGCCUUCUGGAUGCCUACCAAUUACCAGAAAUUAUGAGGACUCCGCUGGAGGAGCUGUGCCUGCAGAUCAAGAUAUUAAAGCUCGGAGGCAUCGCUCACUUCCUACAGAAAGCUUUGGACCCUCCCACUGAAAAGGCGGUGAAUCUGGCCAUAAAGAACCUCAAAGACCUGAACGCCUUGGACCAUUCGGAGAACCUGACGGCGCUGGGUUUCCACCUGGCUCGCCUUCCCGUGGAACCUCACAUCGGAAAGCUUAUCCUGUUCGGAGCUCUGCUUGGCUGCCUCGACCCCGUACUUACCAUCGCCGCCUCCCUCAGCUUCAAAGACCCUUUCUUCAUACCCCUGGGCAAAGAGCAGAUGGCAGACAAGAGGCGCAAAGUGCUGUCCAGGAACUCCAAAAGUGAUCACCUCACUGUGGUCAAUGCUUUCCAGGGCUGGCAGGAAGCGAAACAGCAUGGCGGCCGAUACGAGCGGGAGUUCUGCUGGGACAACUUCCUGUCUGCUAACACACUCCAGAUGUUACACAACAUGAAGGGUCAGUUUGCCGAACAUCUCAUGCACACAGGCUUCGUCAGCAGCAAGGACCCAAAAGACCCCAACUCGAAUGUCAACUCAGAUAAUGAGAAGCUGAUCAAAGCCGUGAUUGUAGCCGGUCUGUAUCCUAAAGUCGCCAUGAUCCGACCAUCACACAGCAAAAAGAGGCCCGGGGUGAAAGUGUACACGAAGCACGACGGGAAGGUGUGCAUCCACCCCAAAUCCGUCAACUAUGAGGAGACCAACUUCAACUACACAUGGCUCAUCUAUCACCUCAAAAUGAGAACCAGCAGUAUCUUCCUGUACGACUGCACCGAAGUGUCACCCUUCUCGCUGCUGUUCUUCGGAGGCGACAUCACCAUACAGAAGGACGACGACCAGGAGACCAUCGCCGUGGACCAGUGGAUCGUCUUCAGGUCGCCGGCACGCACAGCUCACCUCGUCAAGAAUCUAAAGCGAGAGCUGGACUCCCUGCUAGAGGACAAGAUCCGCAAGCCGGCACCUGUGGACUGGCAGAACCAUAAUUCUAAAGAUUGCGCCGUCAUCACGGCCAUCAUUGACCUCAUCACCACCCAGGAGAUGACCGCAACAGCGGCGGGGCCUGAGGGUGGCGCCAGAGGCCACGAACGAACGUGGGCCCCCAGAGGACAACACAUUUACUUCAAUGAAGAUGGCGAUGAUGACGACAAUUAGCUUGGGGUGAGACCUGAGUAAAAUAAUUGCAGGUUAGUCACCGCAUUUAUUAGAAACCUUUUGGUCAUUUCUUACAAGCUGGAUUCUCGAAAGUGGAAGCAGGGUUUUUGUUUUCGAUUGGAACGCUCACCUUGCAUCACUGUUUUCAUAGCACAUCAUGUUACAGCCUGCGUCUCCUCAACAGUCACCUUAAACACGAACAGAAUUGCUAAGACCUUUCAUUUAGUAUGUAAAUGAAAGGUUGUGAGUUAUGAAAUAAAAACUUCUUCAGUGUUUGUCUUACCUUAA